GCUCCCCGCCCGCGUCCUGUCAGCCGCCCGCCCUCCCGGCCGCGGGGAGGGACUGAGGGGGCGGGAACGAGGCGAAGCGGAGCCGAGGGGAGGGAAGAGGACAGGAGGAGGCAGAGAGGAAGGGUCCAGGGCCAUGGCCUCCAUGGCGGCGGCGAUCGCGGCCUCGCGUUCCGCAGUCAUGAACGGGAACCGGCCUCUGGAUGACAAGGAGAGGAAGCGCUUCACCUACUUCUCGUCGCUGAGCCCUAUGGCCAGGAAGAUCAUGCAGGACAAGGAGAAGAUCCGCGAGAAGUACGGGCCCGAGUGGGAGCGGCUGCCCCCUAAGCAGCAGGACGAAAUCAUCGACCAGUACAUGGUGGGGCCGCACAUUGAGGCCCGCUACGCGGCGCACCGCGUCGGCGCCCCCGGGGACCCCGCGCCCGCCUGCUUCCCCAGCCUCCGCGGGCCCACCGGCCAGAAGAUCGUGCACUUCGGGGACGAGGACAUAACUUGGCAAGAUGAGCACUCUGCCCCAUUCUCCUGGGAAACAAGGAGUCAAAUGGAGUUCAGCAUCUCCGCCUUAUCCAUCCAAGAACCAAGCAAUGGCACCACCGGGAAUGAGCCGAAGCAACUGUCCAAAGCGUCUCAGGGCUCGCAGGCCCUCAAAUCCUCUCAGGGCAGCAAGUCCUCCAGCCUGGACGCUCUGGGGCCUGCUUGGAAGGAGGAGGAAGCCUCCUUCUGGAAGAUCAAUGCAGAGCGGUCCCGGGGAGAGGGGCCCGAGGCAGAGUUCCAGUCGCUGACCCCCAGUCAGAUCAAAUCCAUGGAGAAAGGGGAAAAGGUCGUGCCUGCCUGUUACCGGCAGGAGUCCACUCCAAAGGACAGGGAGGCCAAGGCAGAAAGACCCGGCAACCUCCGACAGGAGCCAUGUGUCCUUCCCAGUGUGAGCAUCGAGCGCGAGAGACCCCAGCCCAUGCAGGUCUCUCCCAGCACGAUGAGCGAGGUGGUCCCCUCUGAGCCCGUGGGGAAGCUGUCCUCUCCUGAUGCCAAACAGGAUGAUAUGGAGGAUGUUCUGUUACCGGAACCCGAGCUUGCACAGGUCAGCUCAAGUAAUGUCAUCUUGAAGACGGGAUUUGAUUUUCUGGACAAUUGGUAAAAUGAGUUAGACAAGAAAAUAAAACCAAGAACCCCAAAAAGUUUUCCAAAGUGGUGUGGUGGAGGAGGAUCAAAAGGGCGACAUUUUACCUGUGCGUUUUCCUAGUUUCUCUAUACUCUUUCCUUAAUCAUUUGGAAACUGUUAAAUAUUGCCUUGUUCAGAUAUUUCCUUUUUUUGGUAAGACCAGAUAUAUAUGCUAUUUUCAAUGAUUUGAUAACAGUUUUACCUUUGGAAUUUUUAAAGACCAUUAGAAGGUCAGUAAAUAUUGUAAAUGAAACAUCUGUUCCAUGCUUCACUCAAUUUUCCUGUUCCUCAAAGAAAGAAAGAGUUUUCCUCAGCCGUGUCACAGAUGUCAUAAAAGUGAUGUCCACUACUUCUCCUUUAUUCCCCUUCUCCGUUUUUUUAACUGUAGGGGGUUAACUUCGAUUGAUGGUGACGUCCUCAGCCAAAAUGGCAUCUGCACCCUGGCUGUGACCCGGGAAAGAUUUGCCCCCAGUAUGUGCUCACGCAGCACUCCCAGCCUCCCCGGGGGUUCUCUUGAUGAGGACACAUUCUUUGUGCUGUGUGCCACCCUCCACCCUCACACCGUUUCUCGGAAACAGGCUAUCGGCGUAUAGUAAAGCUUGUCUUUAAGCUGCGCCCUAAUACUUAUUGAAACUAUUGAUCAUUGUUUAAAAAAAGCUGCAUGUUUAAAAAUUUUGUAUUAACUUUUCAUUAUUUUGUAUCUAGAUUUAGUAGCCAUAAGGCUAUCACUUUUCUUGGUUUUGUACCAGUUUCUUAGAAGUUCUUUGUUACUUAAGUGACUGGUUGGGUUAUUCCCUGUACCGGGCAUAGAAAGGAGAAAGGGUGGAUAGCAGGCAUUGCUGGAGGACAGAGCUCUUCUGGUUAGCUGUGCUCAAACCUUCUAGCAUGAGACUGGCAGGGAGAGAGGGCAUCUUUCAUCCCAAGAAUUGGCCAGACUGCCUCGGAUUGGACCUCCCCGCCCCCAACCCCGACCACCACCAGGAGUGGACGAGUCAAGCUUCUGCAUCACCUGGCAGCACCCCUCCUGGAGACCUUGGAGGCGUCACGGCACAAGGGGGUCUCUUAGAGCUGGACUUCGCCACCCACUGUGUUGCCUGCUGCUCCGGUCACCGCUGACUGUUGCUGAGGCCCAAGGCUGCCUGGUGGAGAGGGCUGACCACGCUCCACGUGGGGUGGGGGAGUGUGGGCCUUUCUGUGGGCAGCCGUCCCGGCCGUUCUGCUGCCCACACAGGGCUCCCUGGCUGGCUGCACCUGAGCAGCACGGGCAUGUGGUGUGUGCCCCGGGUGGAGCUGCAGACCCUGUGAUUACACAUUGCCUCUCACUGUGUUCUCCUCACCUGAAGCCUUAAUUCCUUUGAACCCUCGCCAGUGAACAUUUGGUUUCAAUACCAGGGUGUGUAUUUUUAACAAGUUUAAUGGUUUUCUGUUUCAUAGGACCCUCUUCUGAAAUGAUUUCCAGAAUGUUGUUUCUGGCUCUGAGGUAAAGCAUGUGGCAACUUUUUAAUUUUUUUAUUUUUUUGCAGGGAAGUUUCUGCCAAAGCUGUGGCUUCGCCAACUUUCGGGUUGGUUCCUGCCAAUUGCUUCAUGUCCCUAAACUUCCUUUGGCCCGUGGAGGUCUUGGAUUUUUACAUUCCUCCUAUGGUGACUGACUAUAACUUGGCCAAUAUAGGCUUUUUCUGUACUGCUUAAGUAUAGUUGAUUUAUGCAAAGGGGGAAAAGGCUCUGUAGCAUUGCGAUGAGGGAAAAAGGAGCUUAGAAGUCCCAGCUGGACCAGCACGAGCAGGGUGCCAGCUCUCCUCUUGGCUUCCAGCCACUUUUCACAAAGGGAGCUCGAAGCGCGGCUUACAGCCACCCUCCACUCAGCCUCUCGGCCACGGGGUGUUUCGUAACCCAGCCUGGGAAAAGGAGUUCCUGUUUUGUUUUUUUUAAAGAUGUAUAGAUGUUUGUAUUCCUUGGUGUGUGUGUAGCAGGGAAGAAAGGUCUAAGGUCUGGGGCAUUGGUUGAAGGCGAUCUGUCUGUUCUCUUGGGAGAGGAUUUUAAUUUCCAUCUAACUUUCUCAUAAAGCCCGACAGCUCCUUAAAGUCCUUGGAGCUUCGGGGAUGUGGGGAUUGUUGAGAGCUUCUGCCACGCUUAGAACCAUCUUAGGCCCAGCAUCCACCAGCGUUUUGUUAACUUUCAUCAUAUUUUUUAAUUUCCUAAUGAUAGAGCCUCCCACAAUUAAAUGUAAGAUCAAUAAUUGGGAAUGGGUUUGCUCAAGCUUCUGAAGGUGCAGAGUCAGAAGGGGGAGAAGUGGAAGAUUCGAAUUCAAGCUCUCGGGGUGUUUCAUUCUGCCCUUACCUACAGGAUCUUAUUCUCAACCCCGGGCAAAGUUUGGACAGAGAUGGUGUUUUCAUUUAAACUCUCAGGCUGUACAAGUUACCACCAACUGCUUGGCUUAAAAUAGUCGAAAUUUCUCUGUCAUGCUUCUGGAGUCCAAAAGUCUGAAAUUGAGGUGUCAGCAGGGCCACAUUCCCUCUGAAGUUCUAGGGGAGAAGCCUUCCUGUCCUCUCGCAGCUUCUGGUGGCCCCAGAUGUUCCCAGGCUGGGGCGGCCCCACUCCAGUCCCUGCCUCCAUCUGCCUGUGGUUGUCCUCUCUCCUGGUGUAGCUUCUCUUUGUCCAAAUUCCCCUCUUCUUAUCAGGACACCAGCCAGAUUAGAUUUAAGGCCCACCUAACCCAGUGUGACCUCCUCUUAAUUUGGUUACAUCUGCAAAGACCUGACUUCCAAACAAGGUCACCACCCCAGGUUCCAGGGUUGGGUCUUGAACGUCUCUUCUGGGCAGGGUGUGGGGGGGCCCUAUCCAACCCCUAAGAGAUGGUCUCCUUCCCCUUUCUCAUGGGAGCCUGUGUUCCCUGAGCCCAAGUAGAGGAAAAUUAAGCUCUUAUUUUGCCACAUGUUUUCUGUUUGUCAGGAUGGAGUUUUCUUAAACCAGGAGUUUAUAUUUAUUAAAAAAAAAAAAUACACACUUCUCAGCCAAAGCCUAUAUGUGAUUUUGGAUCCCCCACCCGGACCUCAUGCUUUGCACCUGGGAUGGAGCUGAAGGAUUCAGUACAUUGCCUGGGGUGACUGCAUUUUACAAAAAUCUCCCCAAGAAAAUUAGAAACCAGUCUCUGUUCUUUGACCUGAGGGGCCGCUGCCCUCGGCCGCCUGGAGUUUUGGAGGACUGCCCACACUCAGGACAGCUGUGUCACCCAGCUCUCACCGCUGACACCUGCCAGACGCCAGGAGCGGCCACCACAGUGGUCAGUGCGCCACCUUCCUUUGAUACACAUUUUCAAAAAUGAUAAAUUCUUACAACUUGUAACUUGUCAUAUUUUAUAUUAAUGACCUUUAAUAAAGCCAUUUAAAAUAUGCUA